AUGCCAGCACUUCAACUCUCUUCCGCUCACUCAAUCGCCAACACCUCCAGCUGCUUCAUCGUUCAACGACUAUCAGACCCAAUGCAGACCGGCACUCGUUGUGCCUCCUAUCGCCAUCAAGCCAGAUGUCUUCCAAUCCUUUUGCUCCUCUGGACUCUAUCUUUCGGGGUUGAGACGCAGGCUGCACGUUGUGUGCAGGCCAAGUUCACCGCAUUCGCAACGAUGCCGCUGCCAUUCCAAAGCUCUUGCUCUCAGUCGUCGUCGUCUUCGCACAGCUUCCAGACGGAUGAGCCCGUUAUGGAUCCGCGUUUCUGGGAGAAAUACAAAGGCCAAUGUUUUGCAUCUUGGGACCCCAAUGUCCGGCAGCCCAACACAGGAGCUGAAGAUAUCUGUCGAAACGUCUGUGCAGAUGUCAUUGGCGACCUCAUUUAUGGAACGGCGAAAAGCGGCCCUGACUAUUGUCAGAAAGUAGUUGGCAUCGAUCUCAAUGCACCUCCAGGCGCACACAAUACACGCUCAGAGCCACAUAUGUGGGAUAUCAAGUUCAACAACCCGUUCUGGCACUACGAAUCACCUCUUGCUUGCUCUUGCGGAGUAGACGUGGUUAUACAGUCGAUUAUGGAGCACAAUGACGGCUUUUUGACGCUUAUGACUCCAAAUUUUGUGCCGUUUCCACCUGCAUGGAACCCGGAAGAGGACCCAAACUACUACCGCCAAGUACCAUAUUCUACGGCAAUCAUGGGACCUCCAACUCGCGUACCCACCUACCUAGGAUCACCUGAUUGUCAUGCUCACACUGUCAUUGAUCGCCGACUGAGCUCGCCAAGCGUAUUCAGGUCGCAGCCGUGGUACCUUUUUAUUGCCAAUGCGCGAGCUGAACAAUAUGGCCGUAUAUCUCUUCAACUUGUUUUUAUCGUUCAAAGAAUCACAUUCAUGGUGAAUCACCAGUAUACAGCAUUACAGGCUGUUAGCUGCGAUGUUAGCUUUCAGGAUGUUUCUUCUACAGCUGGGUCGUCAAGCCAAGCGCAAGGCGUAUUCGCAUGCACUGUCAGUUACGCGAAGCAUGGCACGGAAGGAUCGGUUGCCAACCAGAUUGGUCUCCGUUGCACUCGAGCACGUGGGAAGAAUUCGUUCACGAAAGAGAUUGAUGAUAGAGUUUCGGCUCUGUAUAAGAGUGACCCUGAUAUUGUUCGAAAGAAAUAUGAACGGGGGCAGGAAGCUAUUAGGACACUCACUGAGAUUUGCGUUAUCAUGGAGUGGAACAACCCCGAAUUGGUACCGUUGACCGAAAAGCUCAGGGAAGUCUUGGAUGAUCCUCAGUGGAACCGUGAUCAUUUUGAGGCGCAUUACCAAAACCUUGCAUGA